AUGGAGAAGAAACAAGAUGUGUACGUCCAGUCAAAGCUCGCCAGCGCCGAUGAGGCCCUGCCAGCGGGCAUCAGCGGUGCUGAUGAUGUGCGGCUCGCAGAGCUCGGGUACAAGGCUGAGUUCAGGCGAGAGUUCUCGCUCUUGGAGACCGUCGCUUUUGCGUUCUCUAUCAUGGCGGUCAUCGGAGGCGUGUCGUCGACGCUGUCCUUCCCUUUGAUUUCAGGCGGGCAUGUCGGGAUGGUCUUUGGGUGGGGCAUCCCCUGCCUAUUCAUCAUGUGCAUCGCGGCCUCCAUGGCGGAACUGGCCUCUUCUAUGCCAACGAGUGCAGGACUGUAUUAUUUCUCUGCGAAGCUGGCACCACAGAAGUAUUCUGCUCUUGCAAGCUGGAUCACCGGCUGGGCGAACGUCACCGGCCAAGUAACGCUUGUCUGCUCCAUCGACUAUACAGUAGCGCAGAUGAUCACUACCGCAGUGGCAGUCGGGACGGACGGCUCCGUGAAACUGGGCUCUGGACCCACGUACGGCAUCCUCAUCGCGCUGCUCCUGGCGCACGCCAUCAUAUGCUCUGCCGCGACGAAGAUCCUGGCACGCCUCAAUCUUUUCUACGGCCUCGUCACCGGAAAGUUGCCCAUUUUCAGCUUCCGCGUGAUGCACUACUGA